AGGACGAAAGUGACUGCGAAGGAAAUACAAUUAAUGCUGCAGAAAAUGGUGGGGGUAACUACGCGACAGUUUGCAGGUCAGACUGACAGUUGGAAGGACAGUAUUGCAUUAGUGUAUUUGCAACAAUAGCAAGAUUAACCGUCGAUAUGGCAUCCGUCCCUCCACGAAAAGAGCAAAAUACUGUUGCAAAACGGUUGGAGAUUCUCCAGAAGUUUGAAAAAGGCGUACCUGUUGAACAGCUUGCUGCUGAAUAUGGUAUCAAUAGGAGAACUAUAUAUCGAUACCGAAACAAUGCAGCAUCGAUUCGAGAAUUUUCGGAGAAUCCGAACUCGAUGGAUUUGAAAAAAAAACCGACACUGUUGCACGAAGAUGUAAAUAACCGGUUAUAUGCGUGGAUCAUAGAAAAACAAGCUUCAGGAGAGAUCUUAACCGAUACUCUUCUGCAGAAGAAAGCUAGGGAAUUGCAUGCCGAAUUUGCAGGUCCGUCGAAUUUUACAGCAAGUCGAGGUUGGCUCAAGUGUUUCAAAAGGAGACACGGCAUGCAUCUUACUAGCAUUCACGGAGAGAAACCCAAGGCGCAUGAAUUAGCUACGGAAAAAUUUGUAGAAGAAUUGUCGGCAAUGUUAGAUCAAGAAAACAUCGAUGAAGAGAACGUCUAUAACGUGGAUGAGACGAGUUUAAUGUGGAAAGCCCUCCCGCAAAGAACAUUGGCUCACGAAGGAGAACAUAACACAAAAGAUAGAAAAGUAAAAAAAGAUCGCGUCUCUGUGGUAUUUUGUACUAAUGCCACUGGCACGCAUAAACUGCCGCCAUUAUUUAUUAACAAAUACGCCCAUCCACGAGCUUUGAAGCAUUGCAUACUUACAUUACCGGUAGUGUAUAAAAGUCAAAAUAAUGCCUGCAUCGACGAAACCGUUUUCAAUGAUUGGUUCACCAAUCAUUUUAAACUCAGUGUGUGGCAGCAUCAGAUGCAAAAUUAUCAAGAGGGAAAAGUACUACUAUUAAUUGGCAAUUGUAAGGGGCAUAUGCCUUCUCAACAGCCAUGGGAAGAUUCCCGGUUUAAAGUAGUAUUUUUGCCUCCGAAUGCGUCCUCGGUUAUUCAGCCGUUGGACCAAGGUAUAAUUGCAGAAUGUAAGAAAUUGUUCCGGCACAAUCUACUUCGCCGAGUACUUCGAUAUGAUGGAAUUAGGCAAUUUUACGCGGAUUACGAUAUAAAAGACUGUAUAGACUUAAUAAGCGAAGCAUGGAAUGAAAUAACGGCAACGAGUAUUAAAAAUUCGUGGAGGAAACUUUUAAAUCGACCGCUAUCGGCUGAGAGUCCCGAAGAGCAAGAUUCAAAGGUCAAUAUUGAACAAAAUUCAGGACAACUCGGAGGAAGCAUUCCUACCGACGAAAUAAUAGAAUGGUUUUCGGAAUGCGACAAAGCAGAAUCAACUGUCACAGAAGAGGAAGAAAUGGAUCGUACAUUUAAUGCUUUAUUAUCUUGGGCAGAAACAAAACCCAAACGUAUUAAACUACACGCACAAUUUUUAGUAGAUUAUUAUAACCUAAAAUAA